UUCUCAAGAAAGUUACUGGACGCAUUCGCUGGAAAUAAAGCAACGGGAUGGUUGUACUGCAGUGAAGCUAUUGUUAUACAAGUAAUAGUUUCACACAUGGGUUAGCAAUAAUUUUUACACAUGGGAAACAAAGUAGCGACUUUUACAGAGGAGCAGUUGGAGGAUUACCAAGACUGUACAUUUUUUACAAGGAAAGAAAUAUUAACAGUAUUCAAACGUUAUCGAGAGCUUGAUCCACAUCAUGUUCCUCAAGUCAUGACUGGAGAUGAAGCUCACACAAUCACUGUGCCUUUGGAGAAAGUGGAAAAAAUGCCAGAAUUGAAGGAGAAUCCUUUUCGACAGAGGAUUUGCAAAGUGUUUUCGAACGACGGGAGUGGAAACCUGACAUUUGAUGACUUCCUUGACAUGUUCUCGGUAUUCAGCGAGCAGGCACCGCGCAACGUCAAGCAGGUCUACGCUUUUAAAAUAUACGAUUAUGAUGGUGAUCAAUUCAUCGGUCCUAAAGAUCUGGAGCAAGCAGUAACUGCCCUUACAAGAGCAGAACUUAACGAAGAAGAAGUAUCCUUAGUUGUGGAGAAAGUUCUAGAUGAAGGGGAUUUGGAUGACGAUGGAAAACUUUCUUUCAUGGAAUUUGAAGCUGUCAUAUCGAAGGCACCAGAUUUCCUUGGGACAUUCCAUAUCCGGAUUUAAUAUACUGGAAUGGAAAUUGGCAUGAUAUUAGUACUUGUUCAGUAUGAUGAAGAAAUAAAUUUUUCG